ACUAAUAAUUAUUACCUUUGCGUAAAACGGUUUAACCAAAGUGCUCUCCGCUCCGAGGAUCCGGUAUUUAAAGUGUGCCGCUUUUACUUUCCUAGAAAUUAUUAUUUAGAAGUAUAUUUUAUACGUAGUCUUAACCCAAAGUAUUUAUUAUACGAUAGGGAACAAAACAAUAACCGUAUAAAUAACUACAACCGUACUAUUACUUUAGUAUAG